AAUUUUGCAUCUAUCACAAAUGCACUAACAACUAAUUCCAAAAAAAUAAUUAUUAUAUUUCACUUCUCAUAAAAAAAAAAGAAAGAUAUGUAGCUGAAAAAAAAAAAAAAAAUAACGCACAAAAUCAUCUGACCUGCAACCUUAUUGUUCCACAUCUAGACAUUGAAAUCCAGAAAAAUAGGGAAAUAUGGAGGGAACAAUAUUUUCCCCUGCUUUGGAAGGAAUGAAGAAUGUCAAGUCUGAACAUGGGGAGCUAAUGACUAAGCCUUUCUUGGAAGUUUGCAAACUUGUAUUGCCACUUCUAGAUAAAUUUGGAGCUGCUAUGACUGUGGUUAAAUCUGACAUCAGCGGAAAUAUAUCAAGGUUGGAAUCCAAGUAUAACGAUAAUCCAUCGAGAUUCAACUACUUGUACAGUUUCGUACAGGCAGAAGUUGAGAUAAAGACUGCUAAAUCUUCAUCCAGUUGUAGCAAUGGUCUGCUAUGGUUAACAAGAGCCAUGGACUUCAUAGUGGUGCUCUUUCAGAAUUUGGCUCAGCAUCAAGAUUGGUCAAUGUCCCAAGCUUGCAAUGAUUCCUACUCCAAGACUUUGAAGAAAUGGCACGGAUGGCUCGCUAGUUCAAGCUUUACGGUUGCAAUAAAGCUUGCUCCAGAUAGGAAAAAGUUCAUGGAGGUCAUAGGUGGCAAUGGUGACAUCUACGGUGAUAUGGAGAAGUUCUGUACGAUGUUUACACCUAUACUUCAGCAGAUCCACAAAUUUCUGACAAGUGUCGGCUUGGACAGUAUGAAGGCUUCAUGAUCAACUUCUCCUCCAGUAACAGCAUUGUUCUAUUUUUACCAUAUAUGUUGCUUUUGUUUUCAUUUCAUUCUGCUAAAGUUAUAUGAUAUUUUUCUCGUCAACAUCUUAUAUUGUUUGAAAAAAUUCAAGAAAGAUACUCUACCCCUUAGAUUUCCUGUUCA